AUGUCCUCCACUUUACAGGCCGCAUUGCUCUCUGACGCUUUUCUACAUUGUAUUCUUCUUUUGGUCAUCUCAAUGCUAGGACUCAAGUUUCUUCCCUUCAGCUUCUCUAACUUCAAAACCAGGUCUCUGCGUAACACGUGGAAACAACUCACUCUCGCACACACUUCGUCUACUAUGCAAAGUCAACUGGAACGCGCAGUGUCUGCAUUUUACCACUACGAACAACUCUCGCUAGAAGAAAUAUAUUUAAUGCAAAGAACCUAUUCGAAAGUCAAUAGAGCGCAUAAACGGCUUGGGUACGAGAUAGGCUACCCAGCCAAGUUGGAGCAACUGAAAGAAGUGACGAAGGCGAACGCUAUUCUUACUCGUGCAAUCGCCAAGAUGGGGAUGGGGGAAGCGGGUAUUGAUGAUGCUGAUGCGUUGCCGAAUGGGACGAGUAUUGAGUUGAGGGACGUUAGGGAAGCUUUGAGACAUUUUGUCCGAGACUGGAGCGAUGAGAGUAUCGAAGAACGGAAUGUGGUGAUGAAGCCUAUAUUAGAGGUAUUUGAGAGAGUUCGCCCAGAACGACGUAAGACUCUUAAGGUCCUUGUUCCUGGCUGUGGACUGGGACGACUUGCUUGGGAGAUUAGCGAAUUAGGUUUUGCAAGUUACGCGAACGAACUAUCGUCUUUCAUGAACCUCAGCCUCCGCUUUCUUCUUUCCCCACACCUAACACGCUCCACAUCUCAACACACUCUCCAUCCUUACGCACACUGGUCCUCUCACCAACGAACCAACGCAAACCUCUUCCGCUCCAUCUCCUUCCCAGACGUCCUCCCGCGAUUAUCAAAUACAUUCAAACACAUUUCAGGCGACUUUCUUACGCUCGGCCCAGCAAACUCAUACGAUUUUAUUGUCACGCAGUUCUUCAUCGACACAUCGUAUAACAUCAUCAGCACAAUUGAGCAAAUUCAUUCCUUGCUCCGGCCUGCAGGGACUUGGAUCAAUCUAGGACCCCUGUUAUGGAGGAGUGGAGGACAAGCAGCGUUGGAGCUAAGUCUGGACGAGCUCGUGCAGUUGGUUGAAAAGAUUGGAUUCAUUUUUGUUACUGAGGGAAAGUGUGAGGAGGAAAGGAAGAAAACGAGGACGGUCGAGUGCGAGUAUACGGCGGAUAGAGAGGCGAUGAUGCGCUGGAUAUACAAAGCCGAGUUUUGGGUUGCGGAGAAGAAAGCCACGUGACGCUCAAGCUCGAACGGGUCAAGCUCACUACGCGAUUAUUAUAUUCACAUUACGUCCUCGAAAAUUGCGGAGGACAUUUGGGCUACUCAGUUGAGCUCGAUGUGUCACCAUUGCGUGGUCAAGAAACCGCUUGACGGGGACUCCGGAAUAAAAAUAUGUUCUAAGAAGACGACACCACGUCCGAGAUUCCGUGUACAAGUCUCAGCACCGAUUCGACGUGCCCUGGACGCAAAGAAUUUGCCCGUUUAACGUCUCAUGAGGAAGUUGACAUGGUACUGAGAUAUGAUGACAACUUGCGGCGUUCCAGCAUAGGGCGGAACAAGUUUUACUUUGCCUCGUACCCGAUGUCGCCUAUGGAGCUAAAUUUGGCCAAAGGCAGAAGUUCGUCUGCUAUCUUGCUGCCAUCCAUGUUACCUACCCAAAUGUUUUAGCCUGUCGACUAUAAUGAUUGGAAGAGGCACGUCGGCACUUUCACAUCCCGAAUAAUAAAUCAGAGCAUGGGAUAUUCUAAAGUUUAGAGCAACUCUUCGUGGCGACCGUCCAGGUGUCUUGCCUACUUUUGAUUAUUUCAAAGUUCCCAACAUAGCCUGGAUAUUUUUAAUUCCUCGGUUGAGUUGCCAAUACGCUUGUCCCAAUAACAGAAUUUUCGUUUCGUAUAAGAUGCUGGAGCAUUUCACGACACUAUUCCAAUGUUCCAGGGUCCCCAAAG